CAAAGUUUUAGAUGACUCACUAAUUAAAACACCUGAUUCAACUCAUCAGCUUUUUAGUGUUAAAUAGUGAGACGUCUAAAACGUUCUGGGAGGGGGCAGGACUGGAUUUGAAAAACCAUGAUAUAGGCAGUGAUAUUGUUAUUUUUUGACAGCAAUGCUUUGUAAGCACAUAAAUUGCAAUUAUAAUGCAUUUAGUGAUAGAAAAGUAGCAUGAAACAACUUCUGUGUAUUGUAAUGCUUUUAUUUGAUGAUUAAACUAUCACUAUAAACAUGUUUUGGCAACUAUAAUAUAAAUGUUACUAUGUUACUGUCAUUUGAAAUUGUGUCUGUUUAAUUGUAAAUAAAAUAUAUAGCUUAGUGAACUUUGUGUUUUUUUAUUUAUUUUUUUUAAUGUGUUUUUAGAAAAUGCUUUUGAAAGAUGGACGGAUUGACCAUGCACUGAAUAUGAGCAAAAAGGUUGUGGGGUGCUUCUCCUAUACCUGGAGACGAAGGAGUGAGUUGUCUGAGGCCCAGAAAGAGCUUAAGUUACCUGAACACAAACUCAAGACGGAGUUUCCAACAAGGUGGAGAUCAAAACAAGCAAUGAUUGCCAGGGUGCUGGAACAACAGAGUGCCAUUUCUUGUGUUCUGUCCAUGGACAAAAAAGUCAGACACCUUGUCCCCACAUGGCAGGAUAUAGAAGUUCUUGAGGCAGUCAACAACUCCCUUUCUCCUCUUGCUGAAUUCACUGAUGCUCUUUCAGGAGAGCAAUAUGUAAGUGUAUCAUAUGUGAAGCCUGUUCUUCACUUGUUCAACAAUACAAUCUUCGAAGAGAAGGAGGGAGAAACAGAACUCUCAAAAUGCAUCAAGAGGAAGAUCCUGGACUACCUGAAUAAGAAGUAUGAUGAUCCACAGACAGAAGAGGUACUUGACAUGGCUUCUGUUGUUGAUCCCAGAUUCAAAGACAGAGUUGAAGCUGUCAAGAUUCAUUUGAGAACUGAAAUGGCAUCAAUAUAUACAUUCAUGAAGCCUCAACCAUCUGUGACUGUGUGUGAGGAAGCAGAUGACCAAAAUACACCAGCACUAAAGAAGACCAAAUAGUUUCUUUAAAGUGGAUGAGGACCACAGACCAGUAUCAUCAUCAUCUUCUCAUUCCAGUCUGUUAGACAUGGCCAUAACUGCUGAGCUACAGUCUUAUUUUCUCACUGCUACUGUUGAUAGUGAGGAGGAUCCUUUGGUCUGGUGGAAGGAACAUAAAAAGCAAUUCCCAACACUACAAGUUGGCACAAAAAUAUUUGUGCAUUCCUGCCACGAGUUCUCGCUCAGAAAGAGUAUUUAGCACUGGAGGAAACAUUGUGACUUGUUUGCGUGCAUCCCUAAACCCUGAAAGUGUGGACAGGCUUGUUUUCCUGGCAAAAAAUCUUUAAAAGUCAAACCAUCGGAACUUAGUAUUGUUCAUUCCUGAAAACUUGAAGUGUUUUUAUGGCUUGUGUUCUAGGCCAAAAGACUUGAUAAGGCAAACUCUGUUUUUUUUUUCUUUCCACAUGUUAUCUUGAGUCCAUUGUUUUCAUUUUAGAUAACCUUAUUAUACCAUGCAUAAUUUUGCUUUUGAAUUUUUUUUUUAUUUAAAGAAGAAACCAAACCAAUGUGUAGUUGACCUUUGGGGCUUAAUGCUAUAGAAAAGCAAUAAAAGUUUUUCAGGAAGUGUGUUAUCAGCUUGCUUUUUAUAUAAAAAUAUGCCAUGCAGUUGCUUCAAACAGUGGUAUAAAGAAAUUCAAAACAUCAUUCAAUGAAAAUUCUAAUAAUCAUAAUUAAUAAUCGCAAUUACAAUUACAAGGGGAAUAAUUGACAGUUAUGAUUUUUGUCAUAAUCGUGCAGCCCUAGUGAAACUAGUUUUUAAAAAAAAUAGUAGAUAUACGUUUUUUUUCUUAAGUGACUUUUACAUGUUUUCUAAAGUCAUAAAAUAGCUGUGUGUAACGAACCGAAAUUGCAAAACUGUUACCUUUGAGACACAAAACUUUCUUCCUCCAGGGGGCGCUUGACGGCUCAGAAAACUGAAUCCUCCAUUUAUCCGCAUUCAAAUCUCAGGUCGUUUUCUAACUGGAGACAUUUUUAAAUUGGAAUUGUAAUUUUUUAUUAAAAAAAUUAUAAUUGCAACGAUUCAUGUGGAUGGAAUCCUGUCGAAGCAUUAUCUAUACAAUCAUUCCUUAAACUAAUCCAUCCAGUAAUAAUAAAUGACUGUGAUUUGUCCAUCUUGACCAGUGUUGAGAAACUUUUCAGGUGCCACGUGACAGAGCCAUGUACAUAUGUGCUGCUUAGGCAGCGGUCUGGACCUCUGGAUGGUCAAUUGAUGAUAUUAAAACUUUUUGAAUAAAUAUUGAACUAAAGAUUCAAUGCACUGCACUGUAUCGUGAACUUGUCUGAUAUGAAGGCAAAGGCAAUUAAAAAUGUUAGUUGUUUGUUGUUCAGUUGUAUAAAGCUUCAGAUUUUAUUUUUGAAUAUGAAAAAUUUACAGAGGUCCAGACCUCUGUGACUUCAUAGCUGGUUAUGGCCAUGUAAGGUAG